ACAAGAAAGAAAAAGAAAAACAGAACAAAACAAAAUCAGGUGUACCAACCAUGUGAGUCCCCAACAAACAAGUCACCAAUAAAUUACCCCACCAAAACGCAAACAAAAUCCCCCCCCCACUUUUCACUCCCCUCACCCAAAAACAACAAAAGCCUCACCUUCUCUCCAUUCAAAACACCUCCAUCAUCACCACAGAACCCACCCUCCCAAAUCAAUUCAACAUGUCCAUCGACGCCUUCCUCGAAAACCUGAGCUACGCCCAGUCUGGUGCUAAGUUCGCCGAGCUCCAGUCCGCUGCCUCCGGCAUCAACGUCGAUCUUCUCAAGGCCGCCGUUGAGGCCGUCCUCGCCGGCGGUGAUGACGCCAAGGUCGAAGGCCCUCUGGCUGAUGCUCUGAAGGCUGGUUUCGAGUUCGCGACUAAGCUUGUUAAGAUGCUGGCCAAGGAGCCUGGUUCGACCGAGAUGCUGAACUUCUACAAGUACUUCAAGCGGGCCAGGAACGAGACCCCUGCUGAACCUUCGUUCUACCAGCUCGAGUCGAAGUACAAGUACAACGCCUGGAAGGAGAUCAGCCACAUCAGCGAACAGAAGGCCCAGGCUUCUUACAUCCAGAAGGUUAGCGAAGCCAUCGAGACGUACGGCACCCGCGAAUAAGUGUUUGGCUUGAUUGUGUUUAACUAGGGAGGAAUAUGAACUUGGAUACUAUGGGCUUGGUGACGAGUUACGAACGAAUGUUAGAUUACUGCCUUUU